AUGUCUUCUCUUUUGGACUCUGAAGCUUCUGAGGCCUCUGAACUUUCCGACUUGGAUGACGACGAUAUAGUGAAGAAGAAACUGGAAAAGCGGCCUGCCCUCGAUGAUCCAGAUUCCAGUGAUAGCGAAGAAGAAGAAGAUUUAGCUAAUGAGGAAGAAAUCUGUCGGAAAGAAGGCGAAGGCUGGAUUGUGGAUGAGGAAGAAGACGAGGGUGGUGCAUCCGAAGGCUCUGAUGGAGAUGAUGCUGAGGAAAUCGGGGACGAAGGAGACAAGGAUGAUGACGAUGACGCUUUGGAUGAUGAUGAUUUUCAACUCAUCCAAGAAAAUGUUGGUAUCAAUUUGAAGAAACAGAAAAAACGAAGAUUGGUGCUUGACGAUGACGAUGAAGCAGAUGAAGAUGAAGUUGUAUCCAAGAAAGCAACCUAUGAAGAGGAUAGAGGAAGAGAAGCUAUUGCACGUCAAAUCUUUGAAGACGAGGAUGAAGAAUUUGAUGAAGAAAGAGUUGUUCGUAGCAGGCCAACUGAUUUUGGUGUGUCAGUUGGCGAUGAAGAAGAGGAGGAAGAUGAGGACGACAUGGGGGACUUUAUCGUGGAUGAUAGGACGGGUGCUCCACCCACAAGACCUUCCAAGCGUAUAGUACAUAAAGAUGCAGCACUCCAACAAGCUCAAAAUAUUUUCGGUGUUGAUUUUGACUUAUCGGAGUUCGAAGCAUUUCGAAAAUCGCGGGUUGGAGGCGAUGACUACAGUGACGAGUCAGAAUAUGAAUAUUCAGACGAAGAGGAAGGUUCUAAAGGUAGACGAUCCAAACACCGUCGGGCACCUUCAAACCUGGUCAUGGAUGAUCGUGUUUACGAGCUUUUUGAUCCUAGUGAUCUUGAAAGAGCCUACUACAGCCAGGCAGAUGAACGCAUUCGAAAAACUGAUGUUCCAGAACGCUUUCAACUUCGUCAGGUUCCCGUUAAGUACAUUGAUUCCUGUUCAGCAACAUAUACUCAAGAUCUGCAGGAACUUUCUGAUGAAGCCGAGUGGAUCUAUCGUCAUGCUUUCAAAGAAGAUGCGGAAUAUAAACCUCCUGGAGUUAUACCUAAAAUUCUCGAGUCCCUAAAACUUAUGAGGGAGUUUUUGUUUGAGGUCCCUUUUAUUGCAUUUUACCGGAAAGAAUGCAUAGAAAAGGACCUGAAUAUCAAAGACCUUUGGAGAAUAUAUCAAAUGGAUGAAAAAUGGACCAUUUUGCAUCAACGCAAAAGAAAUAUGAUUAAUCUUCUUCAACGUUUGUCAGAUUAUUUUGAGGCUCUCACCACAGAAGAUGCGGUCAGUCCACUAAAGAAACAUUGUUCUUCGAUACUGAAAUUAAUUGCAUGUGCUCGUAGCGCAGAUUCUUUAGAAGAGCUGUUCGACGUUCGGUUGAAUUAUCUGCUUCACUUUUCUGGAUAUGUCGAACCAAUGAACCGUUGGUAUGCGCGUCAGAAAAAGGGAGGCGAGGGGGAACAAUCUGAAGAACAAGAAUACGAUGAAACAAAUGUUGAAAAGCUAUCCCGAUUACAACAACUAUCGACCCAAUAA